UCUUCUCUGCCUGGGUUUUUUGAUGAUAUUGGUUAUCUGGACUUGCUACCAUGUCGUCCUUUUGAUACUGUUUUCAUCUUCUACAUGAAGGCAGGCCAAAAAACAAGCCAAGAAAUUUUGAAGAAUGUAGAGUCUUCCAGAAAUGUUCAGCCACACUUCUUAGAGUUCUUGCUAUCUCUUGGAUGGUCUGUUGAUGUGGGCAAGCACCCUGGAUGGACAGGGCAUGUUUCAACUAGCUGGUCCAUCAACAGCGUCUGCGAUGAGGAGGGGUCAGAGCAAGAUGAAGUAAUCUGUUCAGAAGACAUGGGAGCCAGUAUUUUCAAUGGGCAAAGGAAGGCAUUGUAUUAUGCAGAUGCUCUUACAGAAAUCGCUUUCGUUGUUCCUUCGCCUGUGGAGUCCUUAAAUUCAUUAGAAAGCAAUGUCUCAGACCAAGAAAGUGAUUCUAACAUGGAUCUCCUACCUGGGAUACUAAAGCAGCAAGCACUGACACUUGAGCUCUUUCCCAAUCAUACAGACAAUCUCAGUACUUCACAGAGGCUCAGUCCAACUUCCAGAUCAAAGAAGUUGCCACAAGGUCGGGCUAUUCCCCCAAUGGGACCUGAAACCAAGGUGUAUGUGGUUUGGGUUGAACGCUAUGAUGACAUAGAGAAUUUCCCCCUCUCUGACUUGGUUUCAGAGACUAGCACUGGAGUAGAAACUACAACAAAUAGCAGCACUUCACUGAGAUCUGCUACUCCUGAAAAAGAAGUGCCAGUGAUUUUCAUCCAUCCCCUCAAUACUGGAUUAUUCAGGGUAAAAGUACAAGGAGCUACUGGAAAAUUCAAUAUGGUUAUCCCUCUAGUGGAUGGCAUGAUAGCUAGCAGGAGAGCUCUAGGGUUCUUAGUGAGACAGACAGUAAUAAAUAUUUGUCGAAGAAAAAGGUUGGAAAGUGACUCAUACAAUCCCCCUCAUGUCCGUCGAAAACAGAAAAUAGCUGACAUUGUCAAUAAAUACAGAAACAAACAGCUGGAACCAGAGUUUUAUACCUCUCUUUUUCAAGAGGUUGGACUUAAAAACUGUAAUCCUUAGACCAGGACCCUCUUUGAACAAUUAAAUUGCAGCUUGGUGUCUGCAACAAUGAAAUAAAAUCUUCCCACUCAUGGACCUCUUGUGUAAACAAACCACAUUCUGAGCAUGACUUCUGCUUCUACUGCAAGAAAAUAGAGGACUUGCUUUUGGCUCCAGUCCUGCAAUCCUGAGCACAUCAUCACACCUUCAGAUGCUACAGAGAGACAAGCUUUGAUAAUGAAUAAUUAUUUAUUAAUAGACAAUAUAAUGGAUGUAUAGCAAAUAGAAGAUUAACUACACUUCUCAUGAUUUCCUAUGUUUGGAAAAAAAAAAAAAAAGCCAGAUUCUGAGCAUAGAGUUAACACCUAAAGUUUCAUAUUUGGUUUCUCUAGCAGAUUAGACUCAAGGGCAAAUUAUUUUAGAUAAAUUAUUUGUGUGUCUGCCUGCUUGGUUUGCGUUCCCAUUUACAAGCAGGUUGGAUAUAUGAUUUUAUUUAACAUCUAACCAGAAAAUUCUAUUUGGAUCUUGUCCUCUACUUUCAAAGCCAUGGACUGGUUGCUAAAUGUUUUAUCUUUGUAAGUUGUUAUUGUCUUUGUCUUCUGCUGGUCUGUCCAGAAUAAAAAUCUUGAGCUAUUGGCUUGAGAGAGAAGCAAAAAUACCUUCUUUGGAAUACAAAUGGUUCAUCCUUGUCCAGUGGUUAGUUUUGAAAUAUGCCUGUGUUGAUGACAUCUGAGCUGUCCACCACAAUUUUCUGAAAGAUAAGCAAAACCCUUGUUAUGGAAUUUGGUACAGUUGGAUGUGUGUUGUAUGUGUAAACACACCUAUAUACUCAAUACAUGAAAAUUAGCUACUACUUGAAACCUAAAUUAAAGAUUUCAGAAUCACAGUCACACUUUCAGUCAUUUCAGCUGAAUGCCGGACUUGGCAGGCAUUCACUAUCUAGUGUCAAGGGAAAUAAAGAACACACAAGUUUAAUAUGAGGUCAUAAAAUUGUUGUUAAAAUACAUAUGUGGGCUAAAUACAUAUUUCAGAAGAGUUGCAACUCUCUAAAAAAAUUGGGGGGGGGGGCCUUGUAGGUAUAGCAUACUAGAAUGUAAUACUGGAAGGGAUGAUUCUGCCAAAAACUGAGCACUCUUGCCAACGUACUCCCCCACCCCUGGCCUAAUAACAUCAUAACACCAAUUUGUACAAAAUACAUGUUGCAUGAUGGUUGAAAGAUGGUCUUCCUUCAUUUGUAUUGACUGCUGUGUUCUGUACUACUAGAAGUUAACAGGAUCUACAGUUUUUGGUAGAUGCCAGGCAUGAGACUCUUGUAAUGUCUACAAGCCUUGAAAAUCUUUGUAUAGCUCUGAAGAUUAUAUAGUUAAUGGCUGAGGUAGACAUAGGGCAGGAUAGAAAUGCUUUUAGAGAACUUUUGUUAACACAUCUAAACAUUAACCCACACACGUUGUAAAUGGAAAUAAUUUCUUCCCAGAGAGUAUCCAGAACAUUUCAGAGACAAAUCUUUUUGGGGAGCAUGGGUAAACAAUCAAAAAGAUCCUAUGAGCCUGGAUUUGAAAAUAGUUCCUAUUGAUUCAGUGGAAUGUAGUUCUUAAUAAAUAUAUCAGGAGAUAUUUAGGCCAGCAAGAAUUCACUUCCUGAUUUUCCAACACAAUUUGGUGCUUUGUUCUUUUUGUUUUGUUUCCUUUUUUUUU